AGAGCCGCCGAGAUCCCGAGCGGCGGAGCCCUGCGACGCUCGACGCAGCAGCCCGGGCAGCCCCACGGCGCGCUCGCCCGACGGGCCGCCUGCGCGCUGCGCCACGCUAAGCCGCGGCGCCCGGGCCCCGCGCCCUCCGGCGGCCUCGCGGCCUGCUGGCCCUCCCGCCCGGCCCCGCCCCGGCCCUGGCCCCGCCGCGGCCCCCCUGGCGCCCGGGCCCCGCGCCGGGGGAAGGGGCCCCGGCCGGGCGCCAUGUGAGUGGCCCUGGAGGCGCCGCGGCCGGCCGCGCCGGAGCCAGGCAUGGACUGGGAGAAGCUGCCGCGCAGGCCCGAGGCCGAGGGGGAGGCGGCGGGCGGCUGGCCGGGCGGGGGGCGCCUGCGGCCCUCCUCCUACCGGGCGCUGCGCAGCGCCGUCUCCACCCUGGCCCGCAUCGACGACUUCUACUGCGAGAAGAUCGGCGCCGGCUUCUUCUCCGAGGUCUUCAAGGUGAGGCACCGCCAGUCCGGCCAGAUCAUGGUGCUGAAGAUGAACAAGCUGAUGAGCAACCGCGGCAACAUGCUGCGUGAGGUGCAGCUCAUGAACCGCCUCUCGCACCCCAACAUCCUCCGGUUCAUGGGCGUCUGCGUGCACCAGGGCCAGCUGCAUGCCCUGACGGAGUACAUCAACGGCGGGAACCUGGAGCAGCUGCUGGACAGCCCCACCCCUCUGCCCUGGCCCGUGCGGGGCAAGCUGGCCCUGGACAUCGCCCGCGGCCUGCGCUACCUCCACAGCAAGGGCAUCUUCCACCGCGACCUCACCUCCAAGAACUGCCUGGUGAAGUGUGAAGACAACAGCUACACGGCUGUCGUGGGCGACUUUGGCCUGGCUGAGAAGAUCCCCACCUACAGUGAGGGUGGGGAGAAGGAGCCCCUGGCCGUGGUGGGUUCCCCGUACUGGAUGGCCCCCGAGGUUCUGCGCGGGGAGCUGUACAAUGAGAAGGCUGAUGUCUUUGCGUACGGCAUUAUCCUCUGUGAGACCCUCGCCCGGGUGCCGGCUGACCCAGACUAUCUGCCCCGUACGGAGGACUUUGGACUGGACGUGGCUGCCUUCUGCACCCUGGUGGGGGCCGACUGCCCUGGCCCUUUCCUCCAGCUGGCUUUUCACUGCUGCAGCAUGGAGCCUGCCUCGCGACCCUCCUUCCUGGAGAUCACUCAGCGCCUCGAAGCCAUCCUGGACCAGCAGCGCAAAGCCGGGGGGUCCAUCCUCCAGAGCGAUGGGACCAGCGCCCCUGGGAGCCCCGUGGCAAUGCUGAACGGCCAAAGAGCCGCGGAGCCUGCGAUUCUGGAGCCUCUGCCCGGCCUGCCUGCCCAGCAGCUCCUGCCGCCGGACCAGUGCCUCUCCCGCAGCCAGUCGGACAUGUUCCUGCCCCAGUCGCCCCGCUUGCCAUCUGCCCAGGACACUCCACAGCGGGUCAACCCCUUCUCCCACCGCCAGGACCUCCAGGGGGGGCGGAUCAAGCUCUUUGACACGCCCAGCAAGUCCUUGAUAUCCUUGACCUUCGACCUCCCGCCCCCCUCGCCUUUCCCCCCGGGCACUCCCAUCACGCCGGAGCCUGCGGUGGAGGCUCAGUGCGACUUCUCGGCGCCCGUCUCCCACACGCGCAAGUGCCGCUCGCUGCCUGCCUCCCCGGAGCUGCCUCGCCGAGGGCAGCCGCAGCCCCGCAGGAACUGCCUCCUGGCCCUGGACUGCAGCCGCCUUGAGCCCCCGCGCCGCCCUGCUCCGCAGAUCACGGGCGGCAGCCUGGACAGGCCCGAAGCUCAGCCAGCCGCCCCCGCCUCUUCUGCGGCCAACGGCAAUUUCAUCAGCACCGCUGUGUCUGGCAUCCAGCCGUGGCCCCCCAAUGGGCUCUUUCUGAACAAUAACAACAAGCCCCGUGGCUGGGGCGGGGGCCUCUCUGAGCUGAACGUGCCUCCCACGGCAGACGGGGCGCAGCAGGAGCGUGCGGGGGCAGCGCUGGGCCUGAGCGCCCCCGGCCCCGGUGUGACGGAGCAGGAGGAGGUGCUGGCCUGCCCCGCCUGCUGCCUCGGCCCCUUCCGUUUCAGCCUGGCCUCUGUGUGCCGCCGGCCGGCUGCAGCCACCCCUCGCUACCAGAACCUCGGCUGCGAGGCCAAGAGCCUGCUGUGCCCAGACGGACUCCAGCGGCAGCACAAAGGCCCUGGGCCAGGGCGGGCCGAACCCAGCCUCAAGUUGCCUGAAGCGCAGUCCUAGUGGGCCGAAGGCAAGGGCUGCAGAGUCGCCCCGUGGGGUGGAAGAGGGCAGAGAGCCUACGCUGGACCCCUUCGCAGGCCUCCCUGCCCCAGGCCUCUCCGGCAGCCUCCAGGAGGCAGCAGCGUGUUCAAGACGUCAGCCGAUGCCAAGGCAGCCUUCGGGGGGCCUGCGCUGGGGGCUGGGCCCAACCUGGCGUCCUUGCUGGGGAGGGCACUGUGCGUGCAGCCUCUGGGUGCCAGCCCGACAGGUGCUGUGAAGGGCGGGGGCAAGGGGCAGUUCCACAUCCUUGCCGGGAGUGCAAUAAGAGGGCUCAGUCUCCUAGACAUACUUGUGCACACAUGGGCACACAUGCACAUCCCGUGGCUUUCACGUGGGGGAGGGAGGUGGCCCAUGGGUGGGCCCUGUUGCUGCCUGUUGGGUCCCUGGGUCCUGCUGCAUUCUGUUCAGCGUCUCCCCCCUGCUCCCAGCAAUCUUCCCCACAAGCCUGCGCCUUGGGCUGGCGGUCGUGGCAGGCAGAGGGCCCCUGGGCGCUGGAGCAGGUUGGCCGUCUGGUUGGCAGGGCAAGCGUUGCCCUUGUCUGGGCUUGCCUCUUUAUUUUGGGUGGAGGGGGGGAGAACAGAAAGGGGCCUGGAAUCCUGUAAGCUGUUGAGGGUGGUUUCCUGUUCUGUCCUUUUGAACAGAGAUCAGAAACUGGGCAGGGAGCAGGGGGAAUCUGUGAGAUCCUGAAAGGGGGGGGGUAGAUCUUUGCUUCCGCGGAACAGGAGGGACAAUCUGCUCAUGGUCGAAGUGUGUGUGUGUGUGUGUGUGUGUGUGUGUGUGUGUGUGUGUGUGUCACAGUGGGACACUACCAACAAAUACAGCCCCACACUUCCCCGCUGGUGCAAUAAUGGUGACCUGGAGCUGCUCCUGGAUGCGGCUCAGCCCCCCCCCCCAAAUUCAGUGCACUGGUGGAGAGUGCGGCUGCGUUUUUAAUAAUGGUAAAUGCUACUUAAUAUAUACAGCUUAUUAUUUAAAGUGUUCAAGAAAUAAACCUGACACGUGUCCUA